CCCUCAUCCUUUCUAUCUCCUCUCUUUCUCCUAACAAACUCUCUCAUUCAUUCAUUUGAAAAAUGCCUGAAGCACCAAAACCAAGUACUCAAAAUUACAACCAGCUUCUUCAAAAAAACAAAGCCAUUCUUCAAUUCAUUGAAGAUGUCACCACCAACGCUGCUCUUGUCCAACGCCAAGUCCUCUCUCAAAUCCUCUCCCAAAACUCCAACUCCGAGUACUUAACUCUCUAUGGUCGCCCCUCUUCCGACACCUUCAAAACCUCCAUCCCUCUCGUCUCUUAUGACCAAAUCCAACCCUUCGUCUCUCGUAUUGCCAAUGGCGAUUUCUCCCCUAUUCUAUGCUCCUCUCCCAUCUCCGAAUUCUUAACCAGCUCUGGCACUUCGGGUGGCGAGAGAAAGCUGAUGCCCACAAUCGAGGAGGAGUUGGACAGACGAUCAUUGUUGUAUAGCUUGUUGAUGCCUGUGAUGACUCAAUUCGUUCCUGGCUUAGAAAAGGGUAAAGGAAUGUACUUUUUGUUUAUUAAAGCUGAGGCUAAAACCCCUGGUGGCUUACUCGCUCGCCCCGUUUUAACUAGCUACUACAAGAGCUCUCAUUUUAAGGAACGUCCUUAUGAUCCUUACACCAAUUACACCAGCCCCAAUGAAGCCAUUCUUUGCCCUGACUCCUAUCAAAGCAUGUACGCUCAAUUGCUAUGUGGUCUUUGUCAUCGUCUCGACGUUCUUCGCGUCGGUGCUGUUUUUGCCUCUGGUUUCAUUCGUGCUAUUCGCUUUCUUGAAAAGCACUGGCAACUUCUCUGCCAUGAUAUCCGCACUGGGACGCUGAAUUCCCAGAUCACGGACCAAGCGGUUCGUGAUGCAGUGAUGUCAUCGGUGCUACGUGGGCCAGAUCCUGAGUUGGCGGAUUAUGUUCAUGGAGAGUGUUGUAAGGGAUGGUGGCAGGGAAUUAUUACGAGGUUGUGGCCGAAUACGAAAUACGUGGAUGUGAUUGUUACCGGGACAAUGUCACAGUAUAUUACGACGCUGGAUUAUUAUAGCAAUGGAUUGCCUUUGGUUUGUACUAUGUAUGCUUCUUCAGAGUGUUAUUUUGGUGUUAAUCUUAACCCUCUUUGUAAACCAAGUGAAGUUGCUUAUACUCUCAUUCCUUCCAUGGCAUAUUUUGAGUUUCUUCCUGUUGAAAGAAGCCACAUCAACGAUGACAACUCCCUCAAUGAACAACAGCUUGUCGAUCUAACCGACGUUGAACUCGGUAAAGAAUAUGAGCUCGUCGUCACGACUUACGCCGGACUUUAUCGAUAUCGAGUGGGUGACAUCCUAAGAGUAGCGGGAUUCAAAAACAAAGCUCCACAAUUCAACUUCAUAUGUCGAAAGAACGUGGUUCUAAGCAUCGAUUCUGAUAAAACCGAUGAAGUAGAGCUUCAAAACGCAGUGAAGAACUCGGUGAACAAUUUAAUGCCAUUCGAGGCAACAUUGGCGGAGUACACAAGCUAUGCCAACACUUCAACAAUUCCAGGUCACUACGUGUUAUAUUGGGAGCUAAACCAGAAGGAGGGGGCAGCGACACCGGUGCCGCCGUCCGUGUUGGAAGAUUGUUGUCUUACGAUUGAGGAGUCAUUGAACAGCGUAUAUAGGCAGGGGCGAGUAUCAGACAAGUCAAUUGGGCCACUGGAAAUCAAGGUUGUGGAAAAUGGGACAUUUGAUAAGCUGAUGGAUUAUGCUAUAAGCAUGGGAGCUUCAAUAAAUCAGUACAAAACCCCACGGUGUGUGAAGUUUCAACCCAUUGUUGAGCUUUUGAACUCAAGAGUUGUGGGUUCUUAUUUCAGCCCUAAGUGCCCAAAGUGGGUACCUGGUCAUAAGCAAUGGUCCCAACAAGAUUAGUUCCUUAAUUUUCUUAAUAUUCUUCAAUGGCUUAUUGUACCCUCUUGGUUUUUCCCCUCUCAAAUAAUCUGUAUGGCUCUUCUCAUCAUGAUCAUCUUAAUUAGUACUAAUGUACUAGGCAAUUCUCAUCUUUUUUCAUAGCUUCUAAUUUUUCUUGUUGGGAUAUAUUAGACCCUUUUUCUAUCCCAUUAUGUAAAAAAAAUGAAUUAAAAAAAAAAAAAACAGGAGAAGAAGAAGCUUUCUAAUUCCUCUCUUUUUUCA